AUGGCAACCAAAAUGGUCAUCCAGCAACCUAGGCCACUUGUAGUGGCUGCUGCCUCUGAUCAGUGGAGCACCAGCAUCUGUGAGUGUGACAGCGUCAACGAAUGUUGUUUCUCGGUGUGGUGCUUCCCCUGCUUUGCCUGCAUCGCAGCCCGGGACCACGGCGAGUGCCUCUGUCUCCCCCUGCUGGACACUUUUGGCCUCAUCCCUCCAAUCACUCUCUCUAUGAGGGUGUCCCUGCGCCGCCGCUAUGGUAUCAAGGACACCAUUUGCAAUGACUGUGUGUACGCCUUCUUCUGCGGUCCGUGUAGCUGGUGCCAGAUCAGACGUGAGAUGAAGGCGAGGCUUCAUCCAGUCACCCUGCUGAACAACAGACCAACUGGCUAAACGCCCCAAACCCUCAUUAUCGCUAUCAUCAUCAUCAUCUUCGUCACAGCUGCUGUCGUCUUAUCCUUACCGCCAUCAU